GCUGUUUUGGCGGGGUGGACUUCCGCCGGAAAAGAAGGCUGGCUUGUAAUUCCGAGUCAGCACCCGGCUGGUUUUCUGCCCUAGGCUCUGGUGGUGUGCACUGUUUACCGCAAUGGCCUGCGCCUCAGCGCGGUCCCCGGCGGACCAAGACAGGUUUAUUUGUAUUUACCCUGCUUACUUAAAUAACAAGAAGACCAUCGCAGAAGGAAGGCGCAUUCCCAUAAAUAAGGCUGUUGAAAAUCCUACAGCUACAGAGAUUCAAGAUGUAUGCUCAGCAGUUGGACUUAAUGUAUUUCUUGAGAAAAAUAAAAUGUACUCCAGAGAAUGGAAUCGUGAUGUUCAAUACAGAGGCAGAGUUCGAGUACAGCUCAGACAGGAAGAUGGCAGCCUCUGUCUUGUACAGUUUCCAUCACGUAAGUCAGUAAUGUUGUAUGCUGCAGAAAUGAUACCCAAACUAAAAACAAGGACACAAAAAACAGGAGGUGGUGACCCAAGUCUUCAGCAAGGAGAGGGAAGUAAAAAAGGGAAAGGGAAGAAGAAGAAGUGAUCAGGAGUGAUCAUCAGCAUGUGGCCCUACUGUAAGAGACGUGAAUGGAGGCGUCUUGUUGACAUCAUUUAACUGAACUCUGACCAUUUGUGUCUCCCACCUUCAUCGUCGGAGUUGACACUGAAGUGCAUUUACGCCAUAAGUUUGCAUCUAGCUUUUAUGCUGUAUAAAGGAAAGAUUUCCUGUUCUUUUUUUGUCUUUUGAUGAGUUCUUUUGGAAGAAAGAAGAAUAUUUUCAAUGGACAAUGACUGUUCCAUAAGUUACUUGAAAUUCUGUAUCUGUCUUCUGUAUAAAAAUGUAUUUCAGGUAAAUAAGUAUAAUAAGAUUUGAAAUACAGGCUUUGUUCACCUUUUAAGUUAAUGAAAUAAAAUUUUUAAUUCAUUUUUGUA